AUGAGGCGACCUCCAGCAAAACUCUGCGCGGACUGCGUCCCUUGCGCGGUGCGGCGGUCCCAUGGCACGCGGGUUGCGCCGUUGCCCCGAAGCAUCGCGAAUGAGAAAUCUCUUGGUCUGCGGCCGAUGGCAUACUCAACUCUGACGAGGCUUCCGCAACGAACUGGUCUGCAAUCGUCUGUGCCUACGAACCUGAUCACGGUGCCUGUGAAUACAAGUCUCCUGCAGAAGCGGGGUCUGGCUACCGCCGCCGAGGGGGUUGCGCCUUCAGAGGCUCUCUCCGAGACGAAAGUGUCGGGUGCGCCGCAGGAUGGUCCGAUGAGGGAGUAUGAUAUACGCGUGCAGGAGGGUCGACUACGGGAUGACUCGUACCAGCGAGGAAUUAUCCAGAACCUCCAAGACCUAUAUGAAGCAUUGAAAUAUUACAACGCCCCCGCCGUCAUUCACCCCAGCGUGGAAUCGCUCGACCCCCAACCUAAAAAGUCCUUCUUCGGGUCCCUGUUCGGCUCCGCUGCCACCAAGCCUGCAGUUUCUACGGCGCCCGAGGGCCUGCCGAAGGGCCUGUAUAUGUAUGGUGAUGUGGGAUGCGGCAAGACCAUGUUGAUGGAUCUGUUUUUUGAUACGCUGCCGCCGAAUAUCAAGACCAAGACUCGCAUCCAUUUUCAUAAUUUCAUGCAGGAUGUACAUAAGCGGAUGCAUGUGGUCAAGAUGAAGUUUGGGAAUGAUUUUGAUGCGUUGCCGCUUGUUGCGGCGGAUAUUGCGGAGACGGCGAGUGUGUUGUGUUUUGACGAGUUUCAGUGUACAGACGUUGCGGAUGCUAUGAUUUUGCGGAGACUCCUCCAAUUCCUCCAAUCUCACGGCGUCGUCCUCGUCACAACAUCUAACCGUCACCCAGACGAUCUAUACAAAAACGGCAUUCAGCGCGAAUCCUUCAUCCCCUGCAUUACUCUCCUCAAAACCGCCCUGAACGUUAUCAACCUCAACUCUCCAACCGACUAUCGCAAGAUCCCCCGUCCCCCAGCAGCUGUCUACCACCACCCGCUGGGCGCAGACGCAGACCAGCACGCCAGAAAGUGGUUCGAGUUCCUGGGUGACCCUAUUAACGACCCACCCCACGCGACCACCCAGGUUGUCUGGGGCCGCAAGAUCCAAGUCCCGCAGGCCAGUGGCAAGGCCGCUCUUUUCACCUUUGACCAAUUAAUUGGAACGGCCACCGGCGCGGCGGAUUACCUCGAGCUGGUGCGGCAUUACGAUGCAUUCAUCGUUACGAACGUGCCCGGGAUGAGCCUCAACCAGCGUGAUCUUGCUCGACGCUUCAUCACUUUUAUCGAUGCGGUAUACGAAAGCAGGGCAAAACUCGUCCUAACAACAGAAGUCCCCCUAACAAACCUCUUCCUCUCCCAAUCCGACCUCAAAGACACCCUCAAAGCGGAAGGCGACCACUCCGACCUCUCCGACGCCAUGCGCAACCUCAUGGAUGACCUGGGCAUGUCCGUGCAAGCGCUGAAGAACACGUCCAUCUUCAGCGGUGACGAGGAGCGGUUCGCGUUUGCACGAGCGUUGUCCCGGCUUUCGGAGAUGGGGAGUCGCGAGUGGGUUGAGCGCGGACUCGGGGUUGGGAAGACGGAUGUUGAGGGGCAGCAGGAGAGGGAGGCUUGGUUGAAGACUAGGAGUCAUUGGAGUGAGGACAAUAUGUAG